AUGGGGAUGCUGGUGCUGGUCCUGGUGCCUGAAGCUGGUGCCUGUGCUUACGUCGAUGCUGGUGCUGGUGCUUAUGCUAGUGCUUUUGUUGGUGCUGGUGCCUGUUCUGGUGCUUAUGCUUGGGCUGGUUCUAGUGCUGGAGCUGGUGCUGGAGCUGGUGCUGGUGCUUAUGCUGGUCUGGUGCUGGUCCUGGUGCCUGAAGCUGGUGCCCGUGCUUACGUCGAUGCUGGUGCUGGUGCUUAUGCUAGUGCUUUUGUUGGUAAUGGUGCCUGUUCUGGUGCUUAUGCUUGGGCUGGUGCUAGUGCUGGAGCUGGUGCUGGAGCUGGUGCUGGUGCUUAUGCUGGUGUUUGUACUGGCGCUUGUGCUGGUGCUGUCGCUGGUGCUGGUGCUGGUUCUAGUGCUUGUGCUGGUUCCGGUGCUGGUGCUGGUGCUGGUGCUUAUGCUGGUGCUUGUGUUGGUGCUGGUUCCUGUUCUGGUGCUUAUCCUGGUGCUGCUGCUGGUGCUGGUACUGGUGCUGGUGCUGGUGCUUGUGCUUCUGCCCCUGCUGGUGCUGGUGCUGGUACUUAUUCUUGUGCUUGUAUUGGUGCUUGUGCUGGUGCUGGUGCUAGUGCUUGUGCUGGUGCUGCUACUGGUGCUGGAGCUGGUGCUGGUGCUGGUGCUUAG